AUGGAGGAACAGGAGAUCUUAACGACUUUGAAGAUACUAAUAAUUGGGGAGAGCGGUGUGGGAAAAUCAAGCUUAUUGCUGAGGUUUACAGAUGACACUUUUGACCCAGAGCAAGCUGCUACUAUAGGUGUGGAUUUCAAAGUCCGAACAUUGACCGUUGAUGGAAAUAAGACCAAAUUAGCCAUAUGGGAUACUGCAGGCCAGGAGAGGUUCCGGACUUUAACACCCAGCUACUACAGGGGCGCUCAGGGGGUUAUACUUGUUUAUGAUGUGAGUAGCAAGCAGUCUUUCAACAAACUGGAUGCUUGGCUGAAUGAGUUGGAGACGUUCUCAACAAAACAUGACAUGGUCAAAAUGUUAGUUGGCAACAAGAUAGACAAGAGUAACCAUGAAGUCACCAAAGAAGAGGGACUAAAGUUUGCUCGCAAACACCACAUGCUGUUUAUUGAAGCCAGUGCUAAAACCAAUGACGGUGUCCAGUGUGCUUUUGAAGAACUUGUGGAAAAGAUUAUACAGACUCCUGGACUGUGGGAGACCAGUGGGAAAAAUCUUCGACUGGGACAGACGUCAGAAAAUGCAGCUGGUCAGAGCUGCUACUGUGUUGUAUGA